CAGCAAGCGAUCAGAUGUUCUUAUAGUUCAUACUAAAGGUCCUCGAAGGCAUUUCGGUCCUCUUAAUCCUAGAGAAAACAUGGCAUACGUGAACGCAGUUUUCGCCGUCGCGCUGAUAGCCGGGGUUUUCCCUGUCUAUUCCCAAGCGGCGCCUAAAGUCAGUAUUGCGCUCUAUUACGAAAGCCUAUGCCCCGGUUGCCGGGCUUUUAUAAGCGACCAGUUGUACCCUACUUACCAGAAGAUAGGCGAGAUCAUGGACAUCACUUUGGUGCCUUACGGCAACGCACAGCAGUACAAGUACGGCAACAAAUGGGUGUUCAGCUGCCAGCAUGGUCAGGGGGAGUGUGAGGGAAACAUCAUAGAGUCGUGUGCCAUCAAUAUCUUGCAGAAUUUAACCACGUAUUUCCCAUUCAUUCAUUGUUUUGAGCAAUAUAUCAGCUCGUCUAACCCGAGCAGUACGGCCCGCUAUUGUGCUCAGCUGCUGAGGAUUGAUUACACGCCGAUUGAUAAGUGCGCUAGCGGUCCACAAGGAAACCAGUUUGAGCACGACAUGGGAGUGAAGACAGAAGCGCUGGAGCCACAACAUCAGUUUGUGCCUUGGGUAACGAUGAAUGGGAAGCACACAGAAGAAAUCCAGAACGAAGCGACGACAGAAUUGCUGAAGCUUGUGUGCGAUUCGUACCAAGGAGCCAAACCGGCCGCUUGUACCCGGACUCAAGCACUUCGCAGCUACAAGGACGACACGAAGAACUAGACUUUCACUGAAUAAAUUCUGGGGGGAUGAGGGUUGUUUUGAUGAAUUUUUAUUCCUUGUACUUUUUAUCAAUUAAAAAAGAUGAAAUAAAGAAUUUAUUGUUGCCUUGUU